AAAAGUGUACUCCAUUAAAAAGCUUAAUUAUUUCCCUUCAUUCUUCAUUCACCAAUGUCAUCCUCCAACCCCGGCUCCCCUUCCGCCACCGCCACCUCAUCCUCAUCGGCAUCAUCAUUCUCUUCCAAAGCUCAUUCAUGUAUCCAAGCCCUUUCUUCCAUCCUCUCCACCGUCCCUUCCUCCGUCUCUUCUUCCUCUUCCCUCCUUCACGACCCUACCGUUUCUUCCCAAAUCUCCACCCUCCUCCGUGACCCAGACUCCGGUUCCGGCGACAACAACCUCUGUCGUUGGCUUUACGACACUUUCCAUUCCCCUGACCCUGAACUAAAGCUCGUCGUCCUCCGUUUUGUCCCCAUAAUAGCCGGCAUUUACCUCUCCCGUAUCGCUUUACGUAAAUCCCUCGCCGGUUUCGAAGCCAUUUUAUUAGCUCUUUACGCCCACGAAACCACCGCACGCGACGGUCAACCGAUAAGCGUCAACGUCCCUGAUUUAACCCAACCCAGUAUUUACCAUGAAGCUAAAUCAUCAGCAAAAAGCCAAGCAACUGAAUUAAACCUAGCUGUCAUCUCACCAACAUUAGAACCCCAUGGCACCAUGAGAUCAUCAAGAAGAGCAAGAAUCGUCGGUGUAGCCUUAGAGUUAUAUUACAGUAAAAUAUCUCAAAUGCCAGUGAGUUCAAAGCUCGAGUUUUGUGAGUUUUGUGAUAUUUGGGCUACAGGGAUUCAAAACAAACCAUCUUCAUCUUCAUCAUCAAAACAAAAGACAAUACUAUUGCCAUGGGAAUUAUUACAACCAAGUUUAAGGAUAUUAGGACAUUGUUUACUGGGUGCACAUAAAAGUAAAAAACUGUAUGAAGCUGCUUCAAUGGCGACCAAGAGUUUAUAUGAGAGAUCGUUGCGUGAUAUUGAUGCUAAAGCUAUUUUAGCAACCAGCAGUCUUCUUCGACUUGAAAAAAUGGCUUUGGAUCCUAAACUUAACGUUGAUCAUACUGAAAUUGAUACGUCUUUGGCUUUGUAAAUAUUUCAUAUGUACACAUUAUUUUUGUAAUGUUUUUAUUGUGUUUACCAAAAUUGAUAAAUUAGUCUUUUUCAAGUUAUUAAAUUUCGUAUUUGACGAAAAGAACUGAAGUUACUGAGAUUAAACCAUGGAUUUGCAUGCAUGGCAUUAGUUUGAAAUUA